GCUACAUGGUUCAUUUUUCAUGUAAACAAAUAUUAGAAUGCAGUUUGUGGGGUAAAGUUUAUGGCAUGACAAAAUAGCCGAAGUCUGGUAGAUUUUAUUGUUGGAUAAUGUUUAAAUGACUUGUUCCAAGAGAAAGGACGAUUCUUUCUUUAACUGUUCUACUUAACCAAGGUGAAGGUCAAGAUGCAACAGUCUCCUGUGAACGGCAUUUCGUUCUGUCCAAAAGAAUACAGCUUUAAGACAGCAUCAGUUGCCGCAGAUUCUCCAGAAUGCUCGGAAAUUGGAACGUCCAUAAUGAAAGACGAAGGCGGAAGCGCUGUAGAUGCAGCAAUUGCAGCUGUGUUAUGUUCAGGGGUAUAUAACGCACAUAGCUGUGGUAUUGGAGGUGGAGCUAUCAUAACAUACUAUAACAGAUCAACGAGAGAGGUGCACACUAUCAUUGGGAGAGAACAGGCUCCAUCGGGGUUACGAGCCGACAUGUUCAUUGACGAUCCUCUAUCUCAAAGACUUGGCGGAUUGUCGAUAUGCAUACCUGGAGAAAUUUUGAGUUUAUAUGAGGCUUGGACUUUGGGUGGCCGAUUACCAUGGAAACAGUUAUUUCAACCAGCAAUAAAUUUAUGUAGGAAAGGAGUCGUAGUUCGAGCAGCUCUUGCAAAUGCAAUUAAAGAACUGGAAGAGGAAGACAUGGCUGACUUAAAAGAAAGGACUCAUGAAUUCAUAGUCUUCUUGACAAACCCGGAGACUGGAGAACUGUACAAACAGGGUGACACGAUGUACAGACCAAUUCUAGCUAAAACACUGGAGAAAAUAGCAAAUGAAGGCCCAUAUUGUUUCUACAAAGGCAGUCUGGCGGAUGACAUAAUUUCUGAUAUAACAGAUCAAAAUGGAAUAAUGUCUAAGGAAGAUCUGGCUAAGUACAAAGCCCCCAGAAAACCGCCUAUUUCUCUAAAGCUACAUGACGACCUGACCGUCUAUUCUCCGCCGCUUCCUACUGCUGGCGUUGUGUAUCAGUAUAUACUGAAUUUGUUGAAAGGUUUCAAUUUUGAUGGUUCGAGCGUUUCGACAGUUGAAAAGUCUAUAACCACCUGCCAUAGAAUAACUGAAGCAUUCAAACACGCUGCCGCUCUCCGUUUUCGGCUUGGAGACAUUGAUAGUUGUACCUCGGAUGAAAUUAAGAAGUCUAUCAACCGGAUUUUGGAGAAUGCGAGUGAUGAAACUUAUAUACAAUGUAAACGUGCUCAAAUAAUCGAUACAAAAACAUUUGAUAAGGAAUACUAUGAUCCUUUCAAUAUUGGGGACCAACACGAAGACUAUGGUACUUCACAUAUCUCAGUACUGGGACCAGAUGGCGAUGCUGUUUCGGUGACAAGUACAAUCAGUCUUUAUUUUGGCUCAAAGGUUGUUGGGACUAGAACUGGAAUUGUCUUCAACGAUGUACUAAGGAAUUUUUCCUUACCAGAUGUUGAAAAUAGUUUUCAUCGUCCUCCCUCAAAAUCAAAUUUAUUAGGACCACUGCGGCGCCCUUUAUCACAAAUGUGUCCGAGCAUAAUUGUCGAUAAAAAUGGCGACGUAAAAUUAGUGAUUGGUGCUUCCGGUUCAACUCGUAUACCAACGUCGAUGGCACUGGUAACUAUGGAAACUUUAUGGUUCAACUGGGGUAUCAAAGAAGCAAUAGAUUAUCCUCGUUUUCAUCAUCAGCUGUACCCACCAGCAAUAUUUCAUGAGCAAGACUUUCCGAAGGAGCUGAUCGAUGGUCUAAAAGGAAUUGGUCAUGAGAUGUCCAACACGGAAUACAAAAACUACCCGUCGGUAGUGCAGUGCAUUCUUAAGACAGGGGACAAAAUUACUGCUUACAGUGAUUACAGGAAAAAGGGAAUACCGAACGGAUAUUAAAUCAUAUAAAAGCUACUUCAAAGACGUGAGCUGUACUUCAUAACAGACAUUAACUUUACAGAAGAAGUAAGAUCGGACAAUUUCAUGGAGUGUUAUUCUUUCAAUGCACAAUUUCUCUUUCAUGAAAUAAACUGUCAAGGAUGUGUUACCUAAACUGUAAUUGAUUUAAGACAAACAAUCGAAAUUACAUAUCUGGUAUAACUUUUCGAUCAUCUGGCAUACAAGAAUACAAGCUAAUACAACUGAGGAACCGCACGUGGUCUAUAUUAGUCAAAAUAACUAUUUUGCAGCCUUGUUGGGACCAUUUUCUUUCUUUUUCUUCUUUUUCUGAGGCCGAUAUGGGUAACCCGUUUAUUUCUUCACUUAAAUAAACAGUCUUUGUUCUUUAAAAUCUGUGAAGAUCUCUCUCUCUCUCUCUCUCUCUCUCUCUCUCUCCACUUAUCCCGGAAAAUUCUUAACGUUAAAAAAAUUGGUUCCUACAUUCUUAAAUAAUACACAAUACAAAAGUGUCCGUUUUAUGAUACAAUGACGCUCGAUUCAUUAAGAUAUAUUUAAUUUCCUUCAGUAACAAUGUCGAAAUUAAAACAUCAAAACGUCUAUUGAGGUACAGAAAUUAAUGAAUAUUUACUCAAGUUUUCUAAUAAAUAAUAAAUGAAAGAGUAUGCAAAUUAUGUACCCAAACUGUAACUGAAUUAGAGUAUCGAUUUCUAUGUGUUGUGAUAAAUAUAGAGACAAAAGACGUAAAUAUCUGGGCAAUGUUUCUUGGACCUCUUUAAAUAAAUUUGUUUCUGGUACGUCAAGUAUGAAAAAGAAACAUCUCUUAAAUAUUUUUAAAUUGAUAAAAGAAGCCAUGCUUCAACGCAACAAUACCCUGUCAAAUAUUACUGUAUCCUAGUAAAAGUAUUAUUUAUGUGUACAGUCAUGUAUAUAUUAUUAUGAUUUUGUAAAAUUGUGUCUUUGCCAUAUUUCUAUUACAAUGUAAAUGGCCAAAGGCAAGUAAUUUGCUGAUUUGCCAAUAUAAUUUGAACUUCUAAUAUCUUUGAAACAAAAUGACUAAAUGAUCAUGCUCAAAAACACAAAUUUCUGCUUUACAUUUUCUAGGAAACUUCUGCUGUAUAAAAGAAGAGUGUUAUUGUCAUGGAGAUCAAAUUUCAUCUGAAAUGAACCAAUUUGCUUGUGAUUAUCCGUAGAGUGCUUAAAUCAGCUAGAAAUUAUGAUGUCGAUCGUAGUGUUCCCUAAAGUAUGGGAAAUGCCUCACAAUGUUAAAUUGAUGGAAUUCUUUUGAUGUGUUCAAAAGGUAUAAUCUGAAAACACUUUCUCUAAAAGAUAUUUAAAAUCUAAAACUAAUGGCUUCUCAGUUUGUAAAAACAUAUCUCUUUUCUAAAGAUAGGACGAUAAGAUAAGAAACAUAGGGUUGUUUUGACCAUUGAGCACAUUUUGCACCCGCUCCUGUUAUACACAGCUCAGGAUGUGUAUUUACUCAAUAAAAAUCUCACAUGUUCUGAACUUGAAAAAGAAAAACCAACUUUUUAUCCGGAAGUAGACCACCCGAAGGUAAUUCUUUAAGUCCAAUCCAUGUUUAAAGAACCCAAAAGGAUGCCAUACAACCUUUAAUGUGUUACGUCCGUUGAUAGGCAUACGAGGAUUAAGGUAGUUUCAUUUUCGGAGUUUUUCAAGUACUCACAUCACUUAACACGAUUACAGAGUGUAAAAUGAUAACAAAUGAUCCAAGCAAAACUUUUGUCCUCCUAGUUUUCAAAAGAACGCAAUUGCUCAAUAUUUAUGAAACUGAUUGUUUGUUUUGCAAAUUCUGUUCAAAAGCCUUAUCUAUUGCGUGUCUUUCUCCAUACAAAAAGCAGGGAUGGACACAUUUCAGAUAAAAUGCUACAUACCAGAUUAGGUGUAUGUUAUAAAGCAUGCAAAUAAAAGCGAAUGAGAUUCAUUUGUGGUCAUUUUGUAGUCUGAUUUCCCUUUAAAUAAAGCCAAAUAAAAAAGACCAAAAACGCUUUCUGUAAGGUCUGUAGGACAUAGAUUAACCUUACCCUGCUAAUUUUUUAUAAUGAACUUGUCGAUUAAAUGUUAAAAGGGGUGCUUACUAACUGAAUGGCGGACAAAGCAGAUCUUGAUCGGACUGCAUAGAUUUACAGGCUAAUCAUGUUCUGCUCUAGCCGCAAAGGCAGAAUCAAGCGUGCCCGGCAUGAUACGUGUUAACGAAUUAAAGUACUUUCGUUUUAGAUUUUCGACAGUCAGUUAUUAUAUAGAAAAAAAAGCAUUUCUACGAAAUAUAUUUUGCAGGUAUUUGCAAAUUUUCAUUACACUGUCUUUUGAGGUGCUUUCUUGACAGCUUUGAAGUUGUUAUUUGAAUUCAUUUUCAUUAAAGAAGAAUACAAGGCAAUGAGGAAUGUCUAGUCUCUCUAUCGAUUGAGUUAAAUCAAUUCCCUAAAGAUUGGAUUGUCUCCCUUAAAUUAGCAGAGACCAAAAUUAAUAAUUUCUUCUCUGUAUAUUUUGCAUGCCUUGGGUAAUACAUUGCAAUAAAGCUUGCAGAUUAUUCCAUUGAAAGCAACAUAACCUUCUGUUUUAGAUUUUUGUCAUCUUCGUUAUAAAUCUUGCUGCUUUACAGAUUCAUAUAGAAAGGAUAUUUGUGUAAAAACAUAAAAAACUUUCUGUAACAAACAUAAACGCAUUAGAUUAGGUUAGGAUAUUACGGAAUUCAUGCUUUCAUGUAAGAGAAAAAAAUGAAAACAUUUGAUAAAUUCCUUUCCCUUUUUCUGCCAAAAAUAACGACGGAUAAACAUUCGAAGCCGAUGUUUACUUCAUGUACGAGCCGUUUACAAAAGCAAAACAUGUAAAGUAAUUUUCAUCCUCGUGAAAAACGAGACUAAUAUGAAGAUACAUGUAUUCCUU